AUGGUUCACGUUCCUGUACACGCCCCUUCAAAGGGCUCCACAGCUCAGGAUGUCGCCAUUGCACAAGAAGAGGCGCCUGAGUUCGAGAAGGUGUCCUGGACAAAGACACCUCAGCUGCGCAAGCUGUACGCCUGGGGUGCCGUGCUGAUGGUUGCGUCCGCCACCACUGGCUACGAUGGUAUGCUGGUAAACACUUCCCAACAGAUAUCGCUCUGGGGCGAAUACUUCCCCGAAGCGGAUCCCCACAACCCCAUGGGAACACAGUACCUUGGUCUCCUGGUCAACAUGUUCAACAUUGGCAGUAUCCUCAGCUUCUUCGUCACCCCGUUUGUUGCCGAUCACUACGGCCGCAAGACUGCCAUUAUUAUCGGCUGUUUGGUCAUGGUUCUCGGUGGUUGCUUGACUGCUUUCUGCAACGGCUAUAACAUGUACAUUGCUGGUAGAUUCUUGCUUGGCUUCGGAAACAGUUUCGCCCAAAUGGCAUCACCCCUCCUGCUCACCGAAAUCUGCCAUCCUCAACAUCGUGGACCGGUGACUGCUGUGUACAACUGUCUGUGGAACGCAGGUGCUCUGAUCGUGUCUUGCAUUGGUUGGGGCACUUCCAGCGUCAACAAUGACUGGUCUUGGCGAUCGAUCACCUUCAUCCAGAUCGUUCCUUCGCUCAUUCAAUUGGUUUUCAUUUACUGGAUCCCCGAGUCGCCCAGAUACCUGCUGUCAAAGGACCGCGAGGAAGAGGCCCUGGAGAUGCUGAGCUACUACCACGGUGCCGGUGACCGCAACAACCCUACUGUCCAGUUCGAGUUUCGCGAGAUUCGUGAGACCAUGCGCCUGGAGAAAGACGCCGCCCGCUCGUCCGGUUACGUCGACUUCCUCCGCACCAAGGGUAACCGAUGGCGAUUGGCCAUUCUCAUCUCGCUUGGUGUCAUCUCCCAAUACAGCGGCAACGCUCUGUUCUCUAACUACAUGAACACCAUCUACGAGGGCGCCGGUAUCCGUGUCCAGAACCAGAAGCUGGCUCUCAGCACUGGCAGGACCAUCUACGACUUGAUCAUUACCAUCACUGCCGCCAUGAACGUCGACCGAUUCGGACGUCGCCCCCUGUUCCUCAUCUCCGCCGGUGGUAUGUGUUUCUCGUUCGUAUGCUGGACAAUCUGCGGUGCUGUCUACGAGAACUCGGGCGGCGCCAACACCGGAUCUGGAUACGCCCAGCUUGUCUUCAUCUGGCUCUUCAGUGGCUUUUACGACGUCGGCUUCUCGGGCCUGCUGAUUGCCUACGCCCUCGAGAUUCUGCCUUUCAAGCUCCGUGCCAAGGGCAUGAUGAUCAUGAACAUCACCGUCCAGGCCGUCCUCGCCCUCGGCAACCAGACCAACCAGCUUGCCUGGAUCAACCUGCCCCACCACUGGAACUUCAUGUUGUUCUACACUCUCUGGGACUUUCUCGAGUUUGUCUUCGUCUACUUCGUCUACGUCGAGACCAAGGGCCCCACCCUCGAGGAGAUCGCCCGUAUUUUCGACGGAACCGAUGCCAACGUUGCUCACAUCAACCUCCACCAGGUCGAGAAGGAGAUCCACACCGAGGGAAUCCACGAGGAGGAUGUUACUUCGCCCAAGUCCGCUUUGUAA